UCUCAGACUCGGAGGCAGAGAGUCAGAGCUGCUCGUCCGGCGGAUCUCCACCUCUGAAACAAACCCCCCGGUGUCUCGUCUCCUCCGUCCCCCCGCUCCCCUCCUCAGUUCCCCGGGUUCGUUUCUCUCCGGAGCCCUGGAAGCGUCGCUUUCUCUCUCUCUCUCCGCCCUCCCUCCUCCUCUCGACUCCGGCCAACAGUUUGCUCUUUGGGAUUUGGAUUUUCUAUCGUUGCUGUUGCUGCUGGUGGUGUUUUCACUCAACACUCUUCCCGCUGCUGCUGCCGCGGCUGCUGCUCCUGCUUUUACGCACCGACGCUUAUUUUGGAUUUGCUAUUCACCGGAGGGAAAAAACCGCCGAAAUCAGCGCGGUGGAUCCGUGGAUGCGCCUUUUGGGCUCAAGCUGGAGAUGGAAAUGCUGAUAUUGUUGUUUCAUUCCCUGUGGAUAUUGCAAUGCAACACAGUGAGCGCCGACUCCAUCAUUCACAUCGGUGCCAUAUUCGAGGAGAACGCGGCGCGGGACGACGAGGUGUUCCAGCUCGCCGUGUCCGACCUCAGUCUGAGCGACGACGUCCUGCAGAGCGAGAAGAUCACACACUCCAUUAAGCUCAUUGAGCCCAACAACCCGUUCCAGGCGGUGCAGGAAGCCUGCGAGCUGAUGAACCAGGGCAUCCUGGCGUUGGUCACGUCGACGGGCUGCGCCUCGGCCAGCGCCCUGCAGUCGCUGACGGACGCCAUGCACAUCCCCCACCUGUACAUCCAGAGGAACGCCGAGGGCUCGCCGCGCACCGCCUGCCAGUUCAACCCGAGCCCCGGCGGGCAGCGCUACACGCUCGCCGCCCGGCCGCCGGUUCGCCUCAACGACGUCAUGCUGACGCUGGUGGAGGAGCUGCGCUGGCAGAAGUUCAUCGUGUUCUACGACAUCGAGUACGAUAUCCGCGGCCUGCAGGGCUUCCUGGACCAGACGUCCCGUCAGGGCGUGGACGUGGCGCUGCAGCGCGUCGACAGGAACAUCAGCAAAGUCUUCACCAACCUCUUCACCACCAUGAGGACGGAGGAGCUGAACCGCUACCGGGACACCCUGCGCAGAGCCAUCCUGCUGCUGAGCCCGCAGGGGGCGCACACCUUCAUCCAGCAGGCAGUGGAAACCAACCUGGCGUCCAAAGACAGUCACUGGGUGUUUGUGAACGAGGAAAUCAGCGACACAGAGAUCCUGGAGCUUACCCACAGUGCACUGGGGCGCAUGACGGUGAUCCGGCAGAUCUUCCCGCUGUGGAGGGAGAGCAGCAGCCGCUGCAUGAGGCAGAACCACCGGAUCUCCUCGCUGCUGUGCGACCCGCAGGAGGGAUACCUGCAGAACCUGGAGGUGUCCAACCUCUACCUGUACGACAGCGUGCUGAUGCUGGCCAACGCCUUCUACAGGAAGCUGGAGGACAGGAAGUGGCACAGCAUGGCCAGUCUCAACUGCAUCAGGAAGUCCACCAAGCCCUGGAACGGAGGCUGGUCCAUGCUGGAGACCAUCCAGAAGGGCAACAUCACAGGUCUGACCGGCACCGUGGAUUUUAAGGACGGCGGCUCCAACUCCCACGUCCAGUUCGAGAUCCUCGGCUCCAGCUUCAGCGAGACCUUCGGCAAGGACAUCAAGAGGCUCGCGACGUGGGACUCGGUUCACGGCCUGAACGGCAGCCUGAAGGAGAGUCGGAUAGAGAACGGGAUGCAGGGCGUGACGGUCAAGGUGGUCACACUACUGGAGGACCCGUUCGUCAUGGUGGCAGAAAACAUCCUGGGGCAGCCCAAGAGAUACAAAGGCUUCUCCAUCGACGUCCUGGACGCCCUCGCCAAGAUCCUGGGCUUCAAAUAUGAGAUCUACCAGGUGGGCGACAGUAAAUAUGGAUCCCAGCUUCCCAACGGCUCGUGGAACGGCAUGAUCGGUGACCUCAUCAGCAAGAAAGCCGACCUGGCGGUGUCGGCCAUCACCAUCACGCCGGAGAGGGAGAACAUCGUGGACUUCAGCAAACGUUACCUGGACUACAGCGUCGGCAUCCUGCUGCGGAAGCCCGAGGAGAAGAUCAACAUCUUCUCCCUGUUCGCGCCCUUCGACCUCGCCGUCUGGGCGUGCAUCGCCGCGGCGAUCCCCGUGGUGGGCGUGCUCAUCUUCCUGCUCAACAGGCUGCAGGCGCUGCGCUCCUCCGCAAGUGGCCAGAAUCAACCACCGGGCCAACCGGCCAACGGCGUGGGGUCGGGCACGCUGCACAGCGCCAUCUGGAUCGUCUACGGAGCGUUCGUGCAGCAAGGCGGGGACAGUGUGGUGGGCUCGGUGGCUCUGAGGAUCGUCAUGGGCAGCUGGUGGCUCUUCACGCUCAUCGUGUGUUCAUCGUACACCGCGAACCUGGCAGCGUAUCUCACCGUGUCACGCAUGGACCACGCUAUAUGGUCUUUCCAGGACUUGGCGCGGCAGAUGGACGUGGACUACGGGACGGUGAGGGACUCGGCCGUCUACGACUACUUCAGGAACAAGGGCACCAACCCGCUGGAGCAGGACAGCACCUACGCCGAGCUGUGGAGGACGAUCAGCAAGAGCGACGGCAUGGACUACAGCGUGUCCAGCCCGUCGGAGGGCAUACGCAAGGCCAAGAAGAGUCCCUACGCCUUCCUGUGGGACAUGGCGGUGCUGGAGUACGCGGCGCUGACGGACGACGACUGCACCAUCACCGUGUCGGGAAGCAGCGUGAGCAGCAAAGGCUACGGCAUCGCCAUGCAGCACGGCAGCCCGUACCGCGACCUGUUCUCCCAGAAGAUCCUUGAGCUGCAGGAGAAGGGCGACCUGGACAUCAUGAAGCAGAAGUGGUGGCCUCGCACCGGCCGCUGCGACCUCAACAGCCACGCCGGCGCCGGCGCCGACGGCCGCUCCCUCAAGCUGCACAGCUUCGCCGGCGUCUUCUGCAUCCUGGCCGCCGGCCUGCUGCUCGCCUGCCUGGUGGCCGGCCUGGAGGCCUGGUGGAGCAGCAACCGCUGCCGCCAGGAGCAGCCCAAAGAGGACAAGGAGGUGAACCUGGAACAGGUGCAUCGUCGUAUGAACAGUCUUUUGGACGAGGACUUGGCCCACAAGCAGAUCCCCGGCCCCUCUAUCGAGAUCUCUGCGCUGGACAUCGGCAGCAUGCAGCCCAGCCAGCUGGCGCCGGGGGGGCCGGAGUCCGUGCGGGACUACCCGCCCUCGGGCCUCGCUGUGACCACGUUCCUCCCCGGGGAGGGGGGGGGGGCGCCGCCUCCUCCUCAUCAUCCCCACCCUCACCGUGGGGGGACCCUCGGCAGGACGCUACCCCUGUCCCAGGGCCCUGGCAGCACCACGUUGCCCCCGCACCACCCGCUCAGCAGCAGCAGCCUCAGCGGCACCAUGCAGUGCAAACACAGGGCCCCCAACGGGGGGCUGUUCCGACAGAGCCCUGGCAAGACGCCCAUGCCAAUGUCCUACCAGGGAGUCUCCGCAGGACCCAUACCCGAAGCCAUUGAGGCCACACACAGCACAUCCAUAUAGUGCUGGUGGGGGGGGGGGGGGGGGGGGUCGCUCUCUGGACUCUGGAUGUUCUGAUGGAAAAUGAUUAUAAAAGAAAAAACACAUCACGUACAAAGUAACAAGAUUUUGUAUCUCACUGUUCAGACAAGUCGACGUUAUAGAAACAAAGAGGGGGGGGGGGGGGCGGAGUCUCCUGUACAUUUGUGUAAAUACCAAGAGAACGAAGUGAGGUCAAAGUGUAUUUUGAAUAUUCUCAAUUUUUGAAGUUGAGUUAUAAAAAAAACAGAGAAAACGAGAUAAAAAUCAAACCAACGUAUAUAAACCUUGACGACCACGUUCUGACUGUUCGAAUGACUUUGUACAUUUUGUUCUAUAUGAAACAACGAGGCGAUUAAAUCCAUCCUGAUUGUUUGUUUUUUUCUAAAGUGCCAAAAUGAAAACGAUGUCUCUCCACAACUCAUCGAUGCAAACGACUUACCCAUGAUGCACCGCUGCAGGGGACAUGUUAGUGUGGGACACCUGCUGUUUUGCACCUCUGU